GUGGCCUAGGCGGGGCUUGCCUCUGGACUCCACCUCCCAGCGUGUAUUGCUUUCCGCUCCUCGGAACAUCCGGGAGAGCAGACUUCCGGCGGCUUGUGGGAGUGCUGCUUCUGUCCUCCUUGCGGGUGCGGAGGUGGUUGUCGUGGUUACGGGUCCUAACGGUCCCCUGCCUUGAAAUCCCUUGUUGAGGGCCUGCAACCUUGUGCUUCCGACUGGAGACGCCUUUGGUCCCUCGAAGUGUCUGCACUGGCGGCUGGUCAAGCCUUCAGUGUGGAGUAAUUGACGCUUUCCGGAAUAUUAAAAUUGAAUUAGAGAAGAAAACCGAACCAUAAUAAUAAAAAUGUCUCGAAAAAUUUCAAAGGAGUCAAAAAAAGUGAACAUCUCUAGUUCUCUGGAAUCUGAAGAUAUUAGUUUAGAAACAACAGUUCCUACGGAUGAUAUUUCCUCAUCAGAAGAGCGAGAGGGUAAAGUCAAAAUCACCAGGCAGCUAAUUGAACGAAAAGAACUACUUCAUAAUAUUCAGUUACUAAAAAUUGAGCUAUCCCAGAAAACUAUGAUGAUCGACAAUUUGAAAGUGGAUUAUCUUACAAAGAUUGAAGAAUUGGAGGAGAAACUUAAUGAUGCACUUCACCAGAAGCAGCUACUAACAUUGAGAUUAGACAACCAGUUGGCUUUUCAACAGAAAGAUGCCAGCAAAUAUCAAGAAUUAAUGAAACAAGAAAUGGAAACCAUUUUGUUGAGACAGAAACAACUAGAAGAGACAAAUCUUCAGCUAAGAGAAAAAGCUGGAGAUGUUCGUCGAAACCUGCGUGACUUUGAGUUGACAGAAGAGCAAUAUAUUAAAUUAAAAGUUUUUCCUGAAGAUCAGCUUUCUAUUCCUGAAUAUGUAUCUGUUCGCUUCUAUGAGCUAGUGAAUCCAUUAAGAAAGGAAAUCUGUGAACUACAAGUGAAAAAGAAUAUCCUAGCAGAAGAAUUAAGUACAAACAAAAGCCAACUGAAGCAGCUGACAGAGACGUAUGAGGAAGAUCGAAAAAACUACUCUGAAGUUCAAAUUAGAUGUCAGCGUUUGGCCUUAGAAUUAGCAGACACAAAACAGUUAAUUCAGCAAGGUGACUACCGUCAAGAGAACUAUGAUAGAGUCAAGAGUGAACGUGAUGCACUUGAACAGGAAGUAAUUGAGCUUAGGAGAAAACAUGAAAUACUUGAAGCCUCUCACAUAAUUCAAACAAAAGAACGAAGUGAAUUAUCAAAAGAGGUAGCCACCUUAGAGCAGACUGUUACUUUACUGCAAAAGGAUAAAGAAUAUCUCAAUCGCCAAAACAUGGAGCUUAGUGUUCGCUGUGCUCAUGAAGAGGAUCGCCUUGAAAGACUUCAAGCUCAACUGGAAGAAACCAAAAAGGCUAGAGAAGAGAUGUAUGAAAAAUAUGUAGCAUCCAGAGACCAUUAUAAAACAGAAUAUGAAAAUAAACUGCAUGAUGAACUAGAACAAAUCAGAUUGAAAACCAACCAAGAAAUUGAUCAACUUCGAAAUGCCUCUAGGGAAAUGUAUGAACGAGAAAACAGGUCUGGAGGCUGGGAAGUCCAAUAUCUACGUACUGGUAUCUGGCAAGAGCCUUCUCACUACAUUAUCACAUGGCAUAAGGCAAGAAGAAAUCUCCGAGAAGCAAGGGAUAAUGCUGUGGCUGAAAAGGAACGAGCAGUGAUGGCUGAAAAGGAUGCUUUAGAAAAACACGAUCAGCUCUUAGACAGGUACAGAGAACUACAACUUAGUACAGAAAGCAAAGUAACAGAAUUUUUCCAUCAAAGUAAAUUAAAAUCUUUUGAAAGUGAGCGUGUUCAACUUCUACAAGAGGAAACAGCAAGAAAUCUCACACAGUGUCAACUGGAAUGUGAAAAAUAUCAGAAAAAAUUGGAGGUUUUAACCAAAGAAUUUUAUAGUCUCCAAGCCUCUUCUGAAAAACGCAUUACUGAACUUCAAGCACAGAACUCGGAGCAUCAAGCAAGGCUAGACAUUUAUGAGAAACUGGAAAAAGAGCUUGAUGAAAUAAUAAUGCAAACUGCAGAAAUUGAAAAUGAAGAUGAGGCUGAAAGGGUUCUUUUUUCCUACGGCUAUGGUGCUAAUGUUCCCACAACAGCCAAAAGACGACUAAAGCAAAGUGUUCACUUGGCAAGAAGAGUGCUUCAAUUAGAAAAACAAAACUCGCUGAUUUUAAAAGACCUGGAACAUCGAAAGGACCAAGUAACACAGCUUUCACAAGAGCUUGACAGAGCCAAUUCGCUAUUAAACCAGACUCAACAGCCUUACAGGUAUCUCAUUGAAUCAGUGCGUCAGAGAGAUUCUAAAAUUGAUUCACUGACGGAAUCUAUUGCACAACUUGAGAAAGAUGUCAGCAACUUAAAUAAAGAAAAGUCAGCUUUACUACAGACGAAGAAUCAAAUGGCAUUAGAUUUAGAACAACUUCUAAAUCAUCGUGAGGAAUUGGCAGCAAUGAAACAGAUUCUCGUUAAGAUGCAUAGUAAACAUUCUGAGAACAGCUUACUUCUCACUAAAACAGAACCAAAGAAUGUGACAGAAAAUCAGAAAUCAAAGACUUUGAAUGUGCCUAAAGAGCAUGAAGGCAAUAUAUUUACACCUAAACCAACACUCUUUACUAAAAAAGAAGCACCUGAGUGGUCUAAGAAACAAAAGAUGAAGACCUAGUGUUUUGGAUGGGAAGCACCUAUAGACCAUUUUGUACUCCUCAAGUUCUUUUUCUGAUGGAAAACAAAAUUCAUCUUAAUCAUGUACUCAGCAUUUUUUAAAUAACAAUGUUUAUUUGAACUAAUAUUAAAUUAACAAAUUUAGUGUAAUCAAAAUGUAUAAAGAACAAACAAUAUACUUUUUUUUUUUUCUAUUUUAUAAAAUAAAUAUAUAUGCUAUGGUUUAAAUUUUGGAGCUUCCAUAAAUGUUCAAUGCAUUUUAA